AUGGUGAACGUCGAUUGUGUGACAUUGCCAACUGGUGCGAAGCUACCAUUGCUUGGAUUGGGAACGUGGCUGUCAAAGGAUGAAAAUGCACUGUAUAAAGCGAUUGAAACAGCGAUAGAUUCGGGAUAUCGUCUUUUCGAUACGGCAUUUCUUUACGGAACUGAACGUGGCGUUGGCAAUGCCCUCAGUGCGAUGAUCAGCCAAGGAAAGAUCACUAGAGAACAACUGUUCAUCGAAACAAAGCUGCCGUUCACAGCGCACUCUCCACCAAAUGUUGAAAAAGUGGUUCAACAACAACUCAAAGCGCUUAAAACCGAUUAUAUUGAUUUGUAUUUGAUUCAUUGUCCAUGUGCUGUAAAGCCGAAGAAUGAUCAAUUUGCACCGCUGGUUGAAAAUGGAAGAUUUGCGGUUGAUGAUGUAGAUCAUCUGGAGACGUGGCGAGCGUUAGAGUCUCUCUACAAGAAAGGCAUUCUAAAGGCGAUCGGACUGUCCAAUUUUAACAAAGAGCAAAUUGAAAGAAUUUACGAAAAAGCUGAAAUAAAACCGCAUAAUUUACAGAUAGAGGCUCACUUGUAUUUCCCACAAAAAGAAUUACGACAGUACUGCCGAUCUCGAAAUAUAGCGGUGACAGCUUACGCACCACUCGGUUCUCCAGGGCGGAAGGAUUUUCGGCCAGAUGGAUUUUGGCCCGAAGGUGAACCGCUGAAGGAUCCAACGGUUCAGGUUGUGGCCGAAAAACAUAAAAAGACGCCAGCACAGAUUCUGCUGCGGUUUCUGGUGGAGAAUGGCUUUUGCGUGAUACCGAAGAGUACGAAUCCGGAACAUAUUCGUGAAAAUAUUAAUAUAUUCGAUUUUAAACUUGAUGACGAGGAUAGAAUCAAGCUCGAUGCAGUCAGUCGACGCGUACGUCUGUUCAUCUUUGACUAUUUUGGUCAUCAUCCGUGCUAUCCAAUGAAGGAUCAAGAUCCGUCGAAAUUCGCAGAAGUCGUUUUCGAGUCAUUCUAA